UACCCAUGUAUAAAAAAAAAUACCGCGAUUUUGAUGUGCACAGAAAAUGAUCGGUGCAAGUUUUUUGAGUGGAGAUAAAACACGAAGUCCGCCUGUAAAAGUGUUAUCAAGUCAGUUGCGUGAGGGGAAAGAGUGUCAAACACCACAUGGGAAAUCAGAGUAUGUUAUUAGAAGACUGGGAUCAAGCACAGCGACUUCUUUACCGGUGUCAGUAGUCUGGAUGCAAGGGACUGUGGUGGAGGUCAAGUCUGAUCUCAACACUGUGCUGAUUCUGGACGAAACCGGCAAUUUUCUCGUCAGUGGCGUUAACAACGUGCCAAAAGGAAAACCCUGCCUUAAUCCUGGUAAAUAUGUCAUGGUUAUGGGGGUCAUCCAGUCUCAUAGUCCAGAGCCAGUACUGCGUGCAGUGAAGAUGGCAGAUCUAUCUGAAAAUGCAACGAUUCACAGGAGAAAUUGGAUAUUUGAAGUGGAAGACCUCCAGCAGACAUUACCAUAAACCUUUUUUGU